AUGGCGCGGGAUAUUCGGCACGCGCACUACGAGCUGGAGCGCGGCGAACUCAACCUUCACUUCACGGGUGCGGGGUCCGUCGUUCUUGUCGACGGUGCGGCGACGGUGUUUGGCGCACCUCUCAAGAGGAACGUCCGCUACAACUUCUGCAAGUGCGGCUUGCCUGUGGCCUGCCCGUUAGCGUGUCGUGUGCACGUAGAGGGGGACUUCAGAGCAGCCGUUGGUCUUUUGGACUCCGCCGUCGACGAUCUGCACGCAGUGCUCGACCUGGCCCGCACUGAUGCGGCGAUGAGCAUCAGCGGUGUGUCGCGUGAUUCCAAUGAAGAUGGGCCGUGUGGGCCUCGUGUACUCGUCGUCGGAGAUCAAAACACUGGGAAAAGCAGCCUGUGCCGUGCCUUGGCAAAUAUGGCGACUGCGGGGCAGCAGUACGGCGUUGCUCUCGUGGAUGCUGAUGUGGGUCAACAGGGAAUAGCCUGCCCUGGCAGCAUUGCCACGGCGUUUCUGGAGAAUUACAUUCCCGUGGAUGACGGGCUCAACACCAUGAUGCCACUGACGUUCUUCUUGGGUGAUGAGACGGUUUCGGCGUCUUCGCGAAAGCGAUAUCUGGAUUUGUGCGCCUUUACCUCGCAGGCCAUUGCGUCGGUCUGCAUGGCGAAGCAAAAGUACGCGCUUGGUGGUGUGAUAGUGAAUACAAUGGGAUGGACAACAGGCGUAGAGCGCGAUAUUCUCUUUGAGCUCCUCUCCGUGUUCUCCAUCACACACGUGGUCCUUUGUGGGUCCGACGGCGAGCUUGCCGAUGAAGUGCGAAAGGCCGUGAUCGGCCAUAGCAUCACCAUCCUCACGUACCCAAAACAGCCACGGAUAUUUCCGCGCGGGAUGUUGCAACACAGGGAGUCACGCACAGAGCAGUUGGUGAGCUAUUUCCGAGGAACAAUGCGUACCCCAUUAUCGCCGCACCGUGGCGUGGCUUUUGUGAAGGAUGUGCAGUUCGUGCAUGCGCUGACACUGAAGGUUCUUUCAUGGGAAGAGGUGAAGCCGCUGAGUUUAGCUGCCGUCUCGUGGUCCGACUCCCUGGAAACUGUAGAGGAGGCUAAUGUUGCUGGCUUUAUCGUUCUGCUCGAGAUCGGGAAAAAGUUCUUUUCAUUCCUCUCGCCGGCAGCUGGGAGUCUUCCAAAGCCCUUCCUGUUGGUCUCACCCAUCGUAAAGCUCCCGAGUUCCAAAGUUCCACCCUUCAGUGCCUCUUGA